GUGGCCACCAUUUACAUGCACAUCAUUUUCCAAUUUAGGUCCAAGUUUGAUGUGCAUGUAAACAGAGAUUUAAAAAAAUCUAGGUGUGACGGUCAACUUUUGCUUAACCCAAUAAAAGGACACAGUUUAAAGUGUUUUCAUGAUCAAUAUUUUGUCAUAUUCAGUGUUUCAAGAUUGAGAUUUCACAUCUUUGGCAAAAAGACAAUCACCAGAUUCCCUUUUCCCAGGUUACCGUUGCCAUACUGUAAGAUGGCGGGUUAUUGGGCCAUCAGUCAGGGUGGAAGUACACGACGAAAGCUGCUGUGUCCAACAGAGUCUCAUCAGAUAGAUAUCAAGGGCCCAGUGUUUCUGCGGGUUCAGAGUUAUCCUUCUGAGAGGCACGAGUCCAGAUCUGUGAGCUUCACCGAGGAACAGGCUCACUGGCAGAUUCCCAUGAACAAGGUCAACAUCGUCUGUGACGUCACCACUGCUAACGAUUCCAUUUAUGUGGCCACAUGUAACCCUGUAUCGCUGUAUGCUAUGAAGGAGAAAGGAGACUCCGUCCAGUGUGUUGAGCUCUAUGACAUCUUCCCCCGGACCAUCAGUGGAGUCUGGCAGCCCUUUGUCUCUGUGGCGGCACUGGGCAACCCGCUGCAGGACCAGGUGGUGCUCCAUGAAGAACAGGGCAACACAGUGCUGCAUCUGGACCUGGUGACCGGUGCUGUGAGGAGACUGGUCCUGUCUCAGGACAGACAGGAGGAACCACCACGCAAGACCUCAAACUGGUGGAGCAACAAAGAGAGUCAGCCAGCAUACAAAAUGUGCAAGGAGUUUGCCCACAAGAACUGGUUUCUCUUCUACAAAGAAAACGGGAGUCAGCUGGAUGUUGUUGAUGUGCUAGAAGGUCAGGUUCACACCAUCUCCCUCCCCAUCAAUCUCAAAGCUGUGUUCCUGGUGGCUGAAGACCGCUGGCUUCUUGUUGAGAGCAAGACUGACAGGAAGUUCCUGUUGACAAAGCCCAUGCACAUGGGCGCAGAGGACACGGGAGUGUGCCAGCUGCACGCCAUCAGUGAAGACGCGGUUAACACUGGCUUUGGCACCAGCUCAGGGAUGGAAGCCACAGCUCCUCAGGAGGUAUCGAAUGAGCAGCUGCCCAAUGAGAACCUCAGCACUGCCCUGGGCCAGAAGAUCGUCUCUCCCAACCGCGUCCUCUGUGACACUAACACCUAUGCUAAUGUUAUCGUGGGCUUCCCGGAUCUCAUGUCCCCAAAUGAAGUGUACAGCUUUAAGAGAUCUUCGCCCAUAACAGAGGGCCGGGGACCUGAUAUGUUUUUCGGGACAAGUAAGCGAACCGGGCCAGCAAAGAGGGUCAACUGUGUUGUGUUAGGUGCCAAUCAAGUGGUCCGAGCACUGCCCCCUACACAAGUCCCACUGACUGAGAUCUACCCCAAAGAUGUCACACCACCCAUGACUGCUGCUUACCUGGAAGUGACUGACCUGAACUCGAAGAAGCUCAAAUACAUUCCAGUGCCGAGGAGCAGCUCCGUGUCUCCCUACACUGUGUGGAUCUCAAAGGUCUCAGACACAGAUGUAGUGAUGGCUCCUCUGGGCUCUGGUGGAGUGGUGACUGUGGACAUGGGAGGCUACGUCAGAUUAUGGGAAACAGGCCUUGACAACCUGCAGCGCUCUCUGCUGGAGUGGAGGAACAUGAUCGGAUCAGAAGAUGGCAGGCCAAUCCAGAUCACCAUUCAGAGAGACAGUGGCCUAGAUGUUAGCUCCCCCAAACACGGCCAGAUUGACCCCAAAAAUGCCCCUCAUGUAGGGGGGAACCAGUGGGCUGGAGGCACAGGAGGCAGAGAUACAGCGGGUCUUGGAGGGAAGGGAGGCCCUUACCGUCUGGAUGCUGGACACAAAGUUUACCAGAUCUCUCAGGCGGAGAAAGACGCUGUGCCCGACGAGGUGAAGAGAGCAGCACGGGAGAUGGGGGAGAAGGCUUUUAAGCAGAGGCUAAAGGAAAUUGAGAUGAGUGAGUAUGACGCCACCACGUACGAGCGUUUCUCAGGAGCGGUCAGACGACAGGUCCAGUCGCUCCGCAUCAUUCUGGACAGCCUGCAGGCUAAAGGGAAGGAGAGGCAGUGGCUGAGGAAUCAGGCUCUGGGCGAGCUGGACGAUGCUAAGAUCAUUGACGGCCUGACAGGAGAGAAAGCCAUUUAUAAACGCAGAGGAGAGCUGGAGCCAGAGUUGGGGUCUCCUCAGCAGAAGCCGAAGCGUUUACGUCUGCUAGCGGAUGUUUCUGGCAGCAUGUAUCGCUUUAAUGGCGUGGACGGCCGUCUGGAGCGCUCCAUGGAGGCCGUGUGUAUGGUGAUGGAGGCUCUUGAGAACUACGAGCACAAGUUUAAGUAUGAUAUUGUGGGGCACUCUGGAGAUGGGUUUGAUAUAGAACUGGUCAGAUGUGAUAAAGUGCCCAAGAACAACAAGGAGAGACUGAAGGUUUUGAAGACCAUGCAUGCCCACUCGCAGUUCUGCAUGAGUGGAGACUACACGCUGGAGGGCACAGAACAUGCCAUGAAGGAGCUGGCACAUGAAGAAGCCGACGAACAUUUCGUCAUCGUACUGAGCGACGCCAACCUGGAGCGCUACGGGAUCAGCCCCGACCGGUUCGCACGCGCCCUCACCAGUAACCCACAGGUCAAUGCCUUCGCCAUCUUCAUCGGUUCCCUAGGAGACCAGGCGGACAGGCUCCAGAGGACCCUGCCGGCCGGACGAUCUUUUGUCGCCAUGGACACCAAGCAGAUCCCUCAAAUCCUUCAGCAGAUUUUCACAUCCACCAUGCUGUCCAGUGCCUGAGAGAACUCCAGUUGAACAAAUUGCAUCGAACUUGCUACGUCACUGAGGACACACAGGUGUAACAGGACAAAUCUCAUGAUAAAAACCAGGGUUACAUUUCAAUACAAAAAUCAAAAGAAUGAAAGAAAAAAGGAAUUAUAGUUUUAUUUAUACUCAGCACUUUUUCUCCCUAAAUUUUCAUUAUCAUUCAUUCUUUUAUGUAAUGUAAAAAAAAAUACAGAUUAAUAUGUAAUAAAAUUGUUUUAUUGUUCUGACAUUCUUUAAAGUUCGGAAUGACAGUAAUUAGAAUCCCUAUUCAGAUUAAAUGGAAUUACAAAAAGCUCAAAAGUAAAAUGGCCAUAAAAACAGUAAAAAUAAAAAGUAAAACGUUGCUGAUGUUUGUGAAUGCUGAUUUAAAAAAAAAAUACAAUAUUGAUUUUUAAUACAAUAAAAAGUUCAAAAUGACAGUAAUGAGAAUUCAAAUUGGUAAUAAAUGGAAUUACAAAAAAAAAUGUAAAAGUAAAAUUUCCAUAAAAACAGUAAAAAUAAAAUACAACUUACAUUCAUGUAUUCUAAUUUAAAAAUACAAUAUUUUAAUACAAUAAAAAAAUCUGAAUGACAUCAAUCAGAACCCCCACUGUGAAAAACCUGAAAGUAAAAUAUCUAUUAAAAAAAAGUUAAAACAUUAUAAUGGUGAGAAUUAGGGGAAUGUGUGUAUUUGUUGUUAAAAUAUUAAUUAUAAUAAAAAAAUAAAUAAACUUUUAAAUAUUUCUAAAUAAUUUUUUUGUGACCUGGACAAGGCCAGAGACCUGUGUGUCCUCAGUACACCUUCAGUCUCGAGGGACACGGUUUUGUGUAUGGACUAUACUACACACAAAUCCAUAGUAAUUCUGUGAUGUAUCAGGACUCAGCUGUAUUAGUCUAGAAUAUCUGCACAAAGUACAUAAAAUGUUAUGGAAAUUAUUAUUAGAUUAUAUUUUAAUUUUGACAGUUAACAUAUUCUAUGAGCUAUUAACAAUCACGCAUAUGCCUAAACGUAUCCAGGCUAUGUUAAGACCGUUUCAUCAGGUGAGUGCAUUGAUUUGAUUGUGUGUUUAAUAGUGCUGAGUGAUAUUGUCAAAUAGAUAUUGAUGCAGUUUGACUGUAUUGAGAAUAUCUCAGAAUGUAAUGUAUGAAUUUGCUCUGAAAUUGUUUAAAAGAAUAGAUUCAGGAUAUUUAACAUUGGAACUUAAUUGGAACUCAAGGUAAAUACAUUAAUAUGCAAUUUACAUUAUUGUAAUGAUAUACUACAAAAUAUUAUUGUAGAAUAUGUUCAAAUUAUUAUUCACAACAUUCAUAAAGUUGCUCGAUUAAAAACCACUAAAACAUC